UUUAAAACACACACAAAACACACACACACAUUGAGUAGCAAGCUGCAAAAAUGGCUGUCCCCUCCUCUCUCAAAACUCCGAAUCUCCUUCAUAUUUUCACCAUGAAAGAACCCUCCUCUUCUUCUUCGUCUCUAAGCUCAAUGAAACUCAAAAGCCUCUUCCAAACCUUCGUAUUCUCACACAUGUACCGCAUCACUCGUGCCUUCGCCAAAGCCAAAUCAGUUCUAAUCGAACUUCUUGGAGGCAUACAUUUCGUAAGCCUAGUCGAUCAGUUUCCGUUCAAGUAUAAAGGCAACAACAACAAGAAGCAGAAGAAGCUGUUUUUCGGUUCGUUUAGGCUGCACUACAACUGGUGCUCGUCUCAUGUCAUGCCUCUUGGCCAAGAAUGCUACUCCGAUUCCCACGUUUACUAUGAUUCAAGUUGGAAUACCGUCAUUAAUCCCACUCCGUACGAUAAAACGGAAGAGUCGUCGUCGUCGUGUGAUAGUGACGAGCUGUCAAAGUACUUGAAAUGGCUCGAGGAGAAGGGGAAGGAGGAAUCAUGUUCUGGCUGUAAUGAGAUUGAUAAGCUUGCAGAUAUGUUUAUUGCUAAUUGCCAUGAGAAAUUCAGGUUGGAAAAACAGGAGUCUUAUAGAAGAUUUCAAGAAAUGAUGGCUAGAAGUGUUUGAUUUUUAAUAUGUAUAAUUCAUCUUAAUUAUAUUAAUUAAUUAUAACUUUUAUCACUUUUCUCUUUUGAUUUGAAUUCUUGUGUCAUAUGGGGUUUUCUGUAACUUACUUUUUUUUU